GGCCCGGGUGGCGUGGGCUCGGAGCCCGCCGGCCGCGGUCGCCCCAAGCCUGUCCUGCGCUGUGAGAACUUUGUGCUUCAAGUGGCUCCUUGCUCCAUCCUGUUCCUGGGUGCGCGGCGAUUAUUGGGGCUGCCGGGGCCGCGGUCUCCCCCAGGGCUGCCCACCCCAGGAGCCACAGCCGGGCUUCCGGAAUCAAAUUGUGUUUCUGUUGACACUUGUCACUUUUAUUUCCAUCCUCCCCCUCCAGGGUGGAUCUUCGGUGGGCGGAGACAUCCAAAAUUGCAGGGAGAAAAGUGCCCCCGUAGGAGCAGGGUUAGUAAUUGCCCGCUAAUGAUGACUGACAUCUCUAAGGCGAUGGCAUGGACCACAAUGAGAAAUACGGUUCGGUCGCCGAUUGCAAAGUAGCAAAGAACAGGCGAUUGACUGAGGGCUGCUGUGCGAAGAUGGAUCCCGGUGAAGAUGUAGAAAGGUCUGGUGGUAAAUCUCAGAACCCCAGGGGGAAUCAGCGUCAUGAACUUGAAGGACCACAGGCCAGUGGUCCUGAGGCCCCCGGGAAUGAUGCUGCUGAGCUCUGGAGGCAGAAAUGCGAGCUGCGGAGCAAAUUCGUGCAGACCAGCAACAGUGAACAGCAAGAUCGAAACAGAGUUUCUGAAGAACUUAUAAUGGUUGUCCAAGAAAUGAAAAAAUACUUCCCAUCGGAAAGACAUGGUAAACCAAGCACACUGGAUGCCCUUAACUAUGCCCUUCGCUGUGUACACAGUGUACAAGCAAACAGUGAGUCUUUCCACAUUCACAGUCAGAACGGAGCACCUCAAGCUGAUGUGACCUUGUGCAGUCUGGAGGAGCUGGCCACUAUUGCUUCAGAGCACGCUUCCAAAAACACAGAUACCUUUGUGGCAGUGUUUUCAUUUCUCUCUGGAAGGUUAGUGCAUGUUUCUGAGCAGGCGCCUUCGAUCCUGAACUGUAAGAAAGAGUUCUUGGAGUCUUGUCAUUUUGUUGAACUGCUUGCCCCCCAAGACAUGAGGGUGUUCUACAUGCACACUGCCCAGGCUCAGCUUCCGUUCUGGAAUAAAUGGACACAAAGAGUGGCCUCACAGUAUGAAUUGGCACCGGUGAAGUCCUUCUUCUGCAGGAUCGGCGGAGGUGAAGCUGGGGAGCCGCAGCGGCCUUACUGCCCAUUCCGGAUCACUCCCUACUUGAUUCGUAUGCAUAGCUCGGCCCUCGCGGAGGCUGAACCCUGCUGUCUCUUGCUGGUGGAAAAGAUGCACUCGGGUUACCAAGACCCUCGAAUCCCAGCAGAUAAACGAAUUUUUACCACAACACAUACUCCUGGUUGUGUUUUUCUUGAAAUAGAUGAAAGGGCCGUGCCUUUCCUGGGUUACCUGCCUCAGGACCUGAUCGGGACAUCCAUCCUAGCGUACCUGCACCCGGGAGAUCGCUCUCUGAUGCUUGCCGUGCACCAAAAAGUCUUGAAGUAUGCCGGCCAUCCUCCCUUUGAACACCUGCCCAUUAGAUUUUGUUCUCAAAAUGGGGAUUACAUCAUACUGGACUCCAGUUGGUCCAGCUUCGUGAACCCAUGGAGCCGGAAGGUUUCUUUCAUCAUCGGUCGCCAUAAAGUUCGAACGAGUCCACUAAACAAGGAUGUUUUUGCCACCAGAGUAAAAAAGAUGAGCAGUGAUGACAAAGACAUCACAGAAAUACAAGAACAAAUUCAGAAACUUCUCUUACAGCCUAUUCACGGGAGCAUGUCCAGCGGCUACGGGAGCCUGGGGAGCAGCAGGUCACAGGAGCCUCAGGUCAGCCUCGUGUCCUCCAGUGAGUCCAGCAGGCACGGCAUGGAUGAGGUGCCAAAGGCACCGUUGACUUUGCAGCAGAUCUGUGCCAGUGUGAACAAGAUCAAGAAUCUAGGUCAGCAGCUCUGCAUCAAGUCGAGGCCCAAGUCAGCAAACAGGCCCGUGUCGGGAGCCCGCUCAGGACGGCCUGGGGAUGAGCAGAAGACCUGCUCUUCCUUCCAGACAGUGAAAAAUAAUAGCAUAUACACUGAGCCCUGUGAGGAUUUGAGAAAGGAUCAGCAUAGCCCAUCCUAUCAGCAGAUAAACUGUAUUGAUAGUGUUAUCAGGUACCUGAAGAGCUACCACAUCCCAGCUUUGAAGAGGAAGUGUAUCUCCUCUGCAAAUACAACUUCCUCAUCCUCAGAAGAGGACAGACAAAGCCACAGAGCAGAUGACGUCCAGGCACUGCAAGCUGUUUCCCAGAUCUCAGCUGUACCUGCAUCAGAAAUUCCCACUAAUGGACAGUCCACAGACGCUGAAGGAGGAGCUCCAUGGACCCUGAGCACAGCGACUCUGAGCCUGGACACAAGCCAGUGCAGCUCCAGCAGUGUCCUUGUCGACAUCCCGCCACCAGACUCAGUGGAAUUGACUCCAGCAGAGCACAUACCGCUGGUGUGUGAGCCCUGGACGCUCAGCACACACCCAGCUCCACUGGCCGCAGAAGCAUUUAGACACUCAGGGCUCACAAAGGCUGUGCUGUCAGCCCACACACAGAAGGAAGAGCAGAGCCAUGUAGAUAAAUUCCGGGAGAAGAUUCUGUCGUCACCCUAUAACUCCUAUCUUCAGCAGGAAAGCAGAAGCAAAGCUAAAUAUUUGUAUGUUCAAGGAUGUUCUGCUUCCAGGCUGACACGAUCAGCUGGUUGCAAGAAGGGGAAACACAAGCGUAAGAAGCCUCUUGUGUGGUUGGACGGCAGGAGCACCAAGGAUCACUUCUGUCCCCACCAGGAUGGACAGCCCUGGUGCCCCUCCUCCACCUCCUGUCCCCAUGCCUCUGGCCCCUUGCUCCCAGCUGCAGUGAUGGUUCCCAGCUCAGCCCCUUGCCUCAUCCCAGCUCCUCCCCUCCCAGCCACGACCUCCCUUGGCAGAGAACAUGAAGUCUUGGUAACUGUACUGCCAAGGCUGCCUGAGCCACCCUUGCCUAGCAGCCUGCAGUAUUUCCCAGCUCUGCCUUCUGCUCACUUUAACACUUUUAUGAACAUCUUCCUGCAUGACCCCUCUCUCUCUCCCCUCUCGUCAUCGUCAUUCUCCCCAUAUCCCUUCUUGGGAGCAGCACCCUCUUUGGAAAUACUCUCUUCGAUAUCAGCAGAGGCUCCAAACCCAGGCCCACCAUCUUCAACCAUCAACCCAAGGAGCAGAAAGAAGUGGGAGACACAGAAUGAAGGAUGCCCCCUCAUUAACUCAGGGAGCAGCUCCCUGCUCCAGCUUGACCUCCUGCAAGGGGACAGGCCCCGAUCCUGUGCAUCCCCAGAAACUGUGUGUCAGGGUAUCAGUGGCAGCGGUGGGACUAAGAUAGAUGGUUUUACUACCAAGAAACCAUCCACAGCAUCACUGCACUCGGCGUCUCCACCGGGAACGGGCUCUGCAGCAUCAGGAAGCAGUGGCAGCUGUAUAAACUUUGCUUCUAGUGAUUAUUCUUCAGAAAUCUCUCAAAAUGGGCAGCAAUCUCAGGACGUACAGAAAAAAGAAACAUUUCCUAAGUUAGCUGAAGAGUCCAUCUGGAGAAUGAUAAAGCAGACACCUGACUGCAUUCUAAUGACGUAUCAGGUGCCUGAGAGGGUUAAAGAAGUUGUACUGAAAGAAGACCUAGAGAAGCUGGAAAGCAUGAGACGGCAGCAGCCACAGUUUUCUCUAGGGCAGAGGGAGGAGAUAGCCAACGUGCAUUCCUGGAUUCGGCGCCGGACGAUCCCUCAGGAAACAGACACCCAGGAUGCGAACAUCCAUAGAUUUUCACAGCCUCAGGGCUCUGGAGCCAAGCCCCCUGCACAAACUGAGACACAACCAUGGCUGUGUCACCUGCGGACACAGAGACUCAGCUGGUGAUGCUACAGACCCCAUGGUCCGGAUCCAGCAGAAGCAGCAGCCAAGUGACUCUGAAGAAGGACCUGCACUGCCUCUCCAGACCUGCUGGACUGCUCCUCCUCCCUGUGAUUCUCUCUGAACCCUUGCAGCUUAAGUGACCAAGAAGCUAUCCUUGAAUGUUAAGGCUUUCCCUUCUUGAUUUUUUAGCAGACAUCAUUUUCCUGAAGCAGACAUUGUAUAUAGACUCUUUCACUCCUCUUUUUUCCCAAUGUAUUUAAACUGUCGAAUAGACUCUUUUUCUAGUUUAUUAGCUGUCCUUUAAUGAGACUGGAUGGCCUCUAAAGAGGUAUGUAUACAGCCAAACUUCAUUUCAGGUGUCACCCCAAAUAAAUUGUAAUUAGGAGUAUGGCAAGAAAAAACCCAAACGUUAGCCUCAUUGGUUUUGUUCUAUUGUUAGGUGAAUCAUUUCCUCCCCCACCAGUAGAGACUUGAAGAAAUCCCCCCUGGAGGUCAUGUACCUCUCCUGACAGUCUCCAUAACCGUGUUGCCCUCUCCUCGUCUUCACACGGUAACACGUGCCUCCACAGUUAAGCUCCAACAUUCCAGAGUUCUCACAACACAGGUCACUCCAGCAUUUACCAGUAUGAAAGCAUAUUGCUCAUUGGUAUCCUGGAAAUUCCUAGUUUUUAGGGUUGAACUUUGAUGUUCAUUCUUGUAGAUGCUUUUCCUUUUUGAUUUUCUGCCUUCCAUUGAAAUCCUGGAAGUCUUUUUAAACAUAGAUCAGCUUGGGCUUCCCUGGUGGCUCAGUGGUAAAGAAUUCACCUGCCAGUGCAGGAGACACGGGUUUGAUCCCUGAUCCAGGAAGAUCCCAUAUGCUGUGGAGCGGCUAAGCUCAUGUGCCACAGCUAUUGAGCCUGUGCCCUAAAGCCCGGGAGCCACAACUACUGAAGUCCACAGGCCCUAGAGCCUGUGCUGCACACCAAGAGAAGCCAGCGCAGUGAGAAGCGCGUGCACCGCAGCUGGAGAGUAGCCCCCACUCACCACGACUAGGGAAGAGCCCAUGCCACAACCAAGACCCAACACAGCCAUGAGUAAAUAAAUACAUUAAAAAAAAAAAAAUAGAUCAGCUUACAGUGGGCUUAUUCCUUGAAGGGUGUAAAUUAGCUUUUGCAUGUGUAAUGUUAAAAACAGAAGAGCCUCUAGCUUAACCAGCUUCUGACUCAUCUCCUUUUACAUUUUUAAAUAAUGAUUGUGAACGUUUUUAAAGUUAUGUAAGUUCUUAUGCGCGCGUGUUUAAAUGUUGUCCUAUCAAAACUAACAAUUCACUCUUUUUUAACCAAUUUAAGGUCCCUCCAUCCCUGCCAGAAGUCUGAUGGCCACUGUCUUCUGUUUGCCCCUAAAUAAAGGGGAGUGUUGCCCUUAAGUAGGGGUGAGGGGUUGCUGGGAGGACCCUCCCAGCGAGGGUGCCAAGUCUGCCACAAAUCAGGGCUUCCUGGGCCCUCUGUAGUCAUUCUCCUGAGUACCACAUGAGUUGUUCACUUGAUAAGUGAGCCCUCUUCCUAGAGAGUUGAUGAUUCCUUCUCAAACCUGAAAUGGUGUGCAAUUCACACCCGUGCAGGUCAGAACCAGGAAUAGAAGAAAAUGAAGACCCCAGUAACCUUUCCUCGUUUAAAUAACACGCAACAAAUUAACUUACUUUUCUUCUUUUGUUGUUGUGUGUUUUAGGAAAAUGCUUCUUCCUUUCAAGUUUUAUAGCUUUUUAUAAAAUGCAUCCUGAUCAUAAUCAGGAGAACUGACCUUUCUAUCCACGAUGCUGCUGGACCCUGACCUGAGACUGAAGCCCACAGCUUAGAUUUACUUUCUAAAGUAGAACAGUUAGCCCUUGGUAUCUGCAGGGGGUUGGUUCCAGGACACCCUGCAGAUACUAAAAUCCGUGGACACUUAACUCCCUUCUAUAACAGGAAGGUUCGCCAGCCCUCUGUACCCGUGGGUUCUGCAUCCAGAGUUCUCUACCCUCCCCAAUUCUUCCCACCUCAAUGACAGGGGCUGACUGUAGUUUCCAGAAGGUACUUCUUUCUCCAACUGUCAGAAUCACUUUGAAACAAUGACUGUGACUUUUCUAGAAUUUUCUCACUUGAAGCUGUUCCAUGCCCAUAUUCCUGUCUUAGGCUUAGAGAACUCUUCUGUUCUGCUCCAUCUUGAUUGUUAAAUGAUCUCUGAAGCCCUCAUUGCUUUGGUCAAGUUGUGUGAUAUUUUUGCCCUUGGUGAAAAAUCAAUUUUUAAACAGUGAACCAGCCUGGAUAUUGUCAUGGAUAGAAUCAUUGCAGCCUUCUAUGCUGAUGACCAUUUAAACCUGUUUAAAUCAGAAAUGACACGGAGCAGUCAGAGGACCAUUCUGCAUCUCCGUAAGCACUUUUUAAACAUGAUCUUCUCUAGUACAAGCCCUCUUUUAGAUUUCUUUCUGGAUGUUUGUUUUAUUGACAGUUAACUAUUUCUUUGCCUUACUAUACAUUUAGGCUCAACUUAAAAUUGGUGCUUGUUAUAAGCAGAUCUGUAAAACCAGUUAUAGUUUUGGUGUUUUGGUAAAUAGCUGAGCUGGUGUAUUUAGAAAUGACCAUGAUGCUUCUGCUUCUGGGGAUGAGCAAAGAAGGCUCAACAGUGCCAGCUUCUCCCCACCACCGGGGCUCCACCCAACUGUAAACCAACGUUCAAGUUUAGUAACUUUUUGUAUUGAUGCCUAUAGAAACCGGUAAUAAAAAUGUGUACUACAGGUUUCCAUGUUUACAUGAAUGUUACCAAAAGGCUGUGUUUUCUUGGAUAAGAGGUCAGAAUUUAUGAACAACAGAUGCUGUGUGAAUGGAAUCAUUUUACAAUUAAGUGCAACUUCAUCAUAACUCAAAAGGUAAAUUUAAUCCAAAUGGAAAUUUUGUAUCAGCUAAGUUUAUCUUUGUGUGGAUUUCCCUGUUUUUAAUGGUUAUUAAUAUUUUAAUCAGGUAUCUUUUUUAAACAAAAACAAUAAACAGUGUACAUGUAAAACUUGAGAAAUUUUUUGCACUGCAUGAAUAAACCUUU